CUGCUGAGUUCUAUCGUCGUCGUGGGUGGAACCAAUAUGGCGGGCGUGUUGACGCACCAUCCUCGAGAAUUAGCGCAAAGACAAGCCUUCCUCGAGACUAGACAAUGCGUCGAGGCUCGUCUGACCACGCAAAGAGAAAAUCAGCAACAGGAACGGCUUCUAUUGAGCGUGCUACCGCGCCACGUAGCCAUGGAGAUGAAAUCCGACAUCGCGGGCAAGCCAAAGGACACAAUGUUCCAUAAAAUUUACAUUCAAAGGCACGAGAACGUCAGCAUCUUGUUCGCUGAUAUCUGCGGGUUCACCUCACUCUCCGAUCAGUGCACCGCGGAGGAGGUCGUCCGAUUGUUGAACAAGCUUUUCGCCUGGUUUGACACCUUGGCGGCUGAGCACCAUUGCCUGCGAAUCAAGCUGCUGGGUGACUGCUAUUAUUGCGUUUCCGGUCUUCCGGAACCAAGGCCUGAUCAUGCGCGUUGUUGCGUAGAAAUGGGUUUGGACAUGAUCAGCGCAAUUACGUUGUACCGAGAGGUAGGGGCAGUGAACGUGAACAUGCGAGUAGGGAUACACACUGGAAGGGUGCAUUGCGGGGUUCUUGGACUAAGGAAGUGGCAGUUCGACGUCUGGAGCAACGACGUCACUCUGGCCAAUUACAUGGAGAGUGGAGGAAUACCAGGACGAGUACACAUCACGAAAGAGACACUGGACUGUCUUGGUGGUUACUACGAGGUGGAAGAGGGUCAUGGGGGUGAGAGGAACGCGUACCUGAAGGAGCACAAUAUCAAAACAUACCUAAUCGUCCCUGGGGACUCGUUUAAGGGCAGAUUACCCUCCUCUGGACUGAGAAAAGGUUUGCCAGCCAAUGGGAACGUGUCCAAAGAAAUGAGGAUGAUGGGACAUGGGUCUCAGCAUGGGAAACAGACCAAAUUGGGCUUCGGAGAGACGGCAGAGGCUAAAAAGGACCCUGAAGACGAGGUGAACGAGUACCUGAUGAGGGCAAUAGACGCCAGGAGCAUAGAUCAACUGAGGGCAGAAUAUUGCACCCCCUUUAUCCUAACCUUUCGACGUCCAGACGUCGAAGAGAAGUACUCAAGGGAAAGGGACAGGAUGCUGUCGGCAUAUUUUGUCUGUUCCGGCUUCGUGUACACGGUGGUCGUGAUUGCUAUAGCAAUCACUCUGCACGGGAGUGUAUACUUCUACACGUGCGUGGGAGUGAGCACCCUAUUGAUAGCAAUGAUCAAUGGAGUCCUAUUGGCAGAGAAGAACGAGAGGGUGCCUCGAUAUUUUCGAGACUUUGCAGUACACGUGUUCGAAAAUCGAGGAGUUGCACAGGCCCUAGCCACGUGCGUCGUAUUCCUAACUUUCGUUACAGCUCUAUCGCCAUUGCUGACGCUGGAAGGUGGCCGUGUGUGCAGCAAUGGCACAUUGUUCGACGAAUGGCCGGGUAAUGGCAGCGUGAUGUACCGCAUUAUCGACAAGCCUGUCGAUGUUUGCUAUUACACCGUCUUCGCUGACCUUUUCCCAGUGCUGGUGAUGCUGGUCAUGAUAACCUGCGCUGUGUAUCAGAUCCUAACCUCGGUGUUCAAGGUAGCCAUACUGAGUUUAGUGGUGGCCACCUAUUUGGCCAUCAGUAUUUACGAAGCUGUAAACGAAAGGGACGUAGAACUGACUGGAAGAUGGCUGGCUGGAGUUCUAGUGGUAUUCUUCAUGACCUGCCUAAUCGCACAUUCUCAACACACAGAAGCUACUUACAGAUUGGAUUUCUUAUGGAAGCUUCAAGCUACAGAGGAGAAAGAGGAAAUGGAGCACCUGAAGGCUUACAAUCAAAAACUCCUGGCGAACAUACUUCCGGAACACGUGGCGGCGCACUUCCUCUCCACUGUUAAUUCCGACGAACUGUACCACGAGCAGUGUGACUUCGUUUGCAUAAUGUUCGCCUCGAUACCGAAUUUCUCCGAGUUCUACGUGGAGCUUGAGGCGAAUAACGAGGGCGUCGAGUGUCUCAGGCUUUUGAACGAGAUCAUCGCUGAUUUCGACGAGCUGCUCGCCGAGGAGCAGUACAAAUACAUCGAGAAGAUCAAGAGUACUGGCGCCACCUACAUGGCUGCAUCCGGACUGACGAAGAACACCUGCGACAUGAAAGAUUACAAGCAUGUGACCGCGAUGGCGGACUACGCUCUCAGGAUACGCGAGCAGCUGGCCUCGGUUAAUGAACACAGCUUCAAUAACUUCCGGCUGCGUGUGGGCAUCAAUAUUGGACCGGUCGUCGCUGGUGUGAUAGGCGCCCGAAAGCCGCAAUACGACAUCUGGGGUAACGCGGUAAACGUGGCCUCGAGAAUGGAGUCAACUGGUGUCUUGGACGGGAUUCAGGUCACCCAGGAGGUUCGUGACAUCCUGAUCGCCAAAGGAUAUCCGCUCACCUGUCGUGGUACCAUUCAAGUCAAAGGCAAGGGAAGCAUGGUCACCUAUUUCCUCGACGGUCCUCGUGAUCCAACCUACCCUAACAGCAACGCCAACAGCAACGAAGUGAAAACGAAUUCCAACAACAGUGAGGGCAACACUAUCACCCCUGGAUCACCCAACAACACCACUGUUUGA